CCGCCAACCCUUAUUCCAGUAGUAUCCCCCCUCGAACGUCUCUUCCCCGAGGCUACCCGCCUCGAAUCCCGCAGAUACCACAGGCCUGCCCGCAGGCGCAGGGGCUGGAGCGAAGCGACCCUGCUUAGUUAUACCCAGCUGCGCAACCUCGACUCCCGCUGCCCGUUCCCGGACCCUAACCCUAAGAUACUACGACAGCCUGGCGAAGAAUGGGAUCCCGAUUAUGUAAAAGAGAAGGUACUAUACAACGAAAGAAGGGAUGGAUGUUCUAGGGGAGCUUUUACGGGAGUAUUAAGGGACCAGGCGUUUUUUAAGAGAAGGAUUGGGGAACUAUUAACUCGAAGACUUACUGCCAACGUAUUCUUCCUGUUAUAGCACGAUUCCUUGCUGAUCAUAAUAGCUUGAAAGGAGAGGAACGAGAGCUCUUAUUCAUGCAAGACAACGCUCCCGGCCACGCUGCGAAGGAGACUAUUGCUAUAAUCGAAGCAUAUGCUAUUCUUCGCUUUAAAUGGCCUCCAUUUUCGCCUGAUCUCAAUCCAAUUGAGACCGUAUGGAAAUACAGGAAGAAUUAUCUUGAAGACAAGUACGGAGAUUACGUUUUCAAAUCAUACGACGUGCAAAGAGAGCAAAUUUAGGAAGCUUGGAAUACUGUAAUUACUCUUUGGCUCUUAAUUGAGCUGGUCAAGUCAAUGCCUAAACGCAUGGAAGCUGUAAUUGCUGCAGAAGGAAGGUCCACUAAAUAUUAGUGUUAUACAAUAGUUAUUUCAAUGAAA